AUCAGGACACCUCAGACAAAGCUGGUAGCGAAACCCGGGUCGGGCAGAGAUGCACAAAAACUUUGUAUAUGUGAUGUGGCAAGAAAUGGUCUUGUAAGUACAAUAAAAGCACGAUGAUAGAGCUUAGUACGUUAUUACUAUUGGCUGCAAGUAUCCUGCUUCUUUUAACAUUGUAUGUUGUUCUACAUGGUCAACGGCGAGCCUUUGCUAAGAUUAUCUUUUACGAAACAAAAGUUGCCAUCAAAGGUAUCUUCAUGAAUCACACCAAAGAACAGAGAGUUUUACAGUAUGUGCUGGAAAAUGCAACGCGUGGAGACCCACAGAGCGUCAUUGAUAAUAUUGACCAAUACUGUCAUAAAAAAGAGUGGGCCAUGAAUGUGGGAGACCAAAAGGGCUUGAUCUUGGACAAUAUUGUGAAAGAGACCAAUCCAAAUGUAUGCUUGGAGUUGGGCACAUAUUGUGGCUACUCAGCUGUCCGGAUUGCACGACUUUUAAAGCCUGGCACACGUUUCUUUACUGUGGAAUUUAAUCCAGCAUUCGCUGCUGUAGCCAAACAGAUGAUUGAAUUUGCUGGUGUUAAUGACAAGGUGCAAAUAUUAGAGGGAAAUACCCAAGAUAUUAUCCCCCAGCUGAAGAAGAAAUAUGAAGUGGACACACUGGACUUUGUGUUUGUGGAUCACUGGAAGGACAAAUAUACACCAGACACUAAGCUUUUGGAGAAGUGCAACCUGCUUAGAAAGGGCUCAGUCGUUCUCGCAGACAAUGUCAUCGUUCCAGGUGCUCCAGAUUUUCUCGAAUAUGUUCGUACUUGUGGCCUGUAUGACUGCACACACUAUCCUUCAUUCCUGGAGUACAUGAAUGAGAAAGAUGCACUGGAAAAGGCAGUAUUCAGAGGAUAGGCCAGAGGUAGGCAGCAUUAGAGAGGUGGAGAUCUGUUGCUGGUAGGAUCUUGAGAGUUAUUUGGUACUGAGUUGUCACAGGACCUUGGGGGGAAUGGUGUGUAAGUUACAGGGGCAUUGCUAGGGUCUUACAUUUUCUGUGAUGGAUAAUACCUUUAAAAUUAAAUUCAGUGCUACAGAAGGUGCAGGUGAAUACAUCAUCUUUCCUCAUCAUCUCCAUUCAGCCCAGACCCCAAUGACACUUCUUACAGCCACAGCUCAUCUUUGUAGAGUUUGCUGUACAGACAUCUUUGGCUUCUCUCAUUUCCAUCACCCUCCCCACCAUCCCAACGCAAACAUUCCAUGUUGGUGUCCUAACAGUUUUAUCCUGCUGCUACUCUUGCUGCAUUAUUUUUGGGGUACCUAUUCCCAUGUUGCCUAGAAGCAUGCAUCCAAUAGUAAGUGCCUACAUAGUGUUCCCUAAAAUAAGUGUGUUGAAACAGUAAUAGUUCAAAUAGUAAAAUAAGUGUGUUCCCAUAGUGCCUCCAUUAUUAAAAAUGGCCACAUAGUGCUGCCCAAACUUAUUGUGCCAAAGCGGAGUUCCCCAUAGUGCUCUCAACAUUGGUGGUGCCCCUGAAUGUAAUAGUGUCUCCAAGCAAAGUGCCUCUUCCCUCUUGCUGACAGUACCCAAGACGCACCCACACUCCUGAUCCUGCUGGUACUGCUUAAUACCCCCCCCCCCCCCAUUAUUUCAUCCUGCCACAUUCCCCACUUUGGCACUGCCCCAUCCUACUGACAGACAUGCAACAUUACCUGAUUGCCUGUCCACCAUGCACAUGCUGUUCAACAAUACAGCUUUAGGCUACAUUUACACAAACGUAUUUUGUUUGUGUCCAUUCCGUUUUUUUUUUUUUUGGCGGAUUGGAUGAGGACUUCUUCAUUUCAGUGGGUCCGCUAAAAAUUGCAGACAGCACACUG